AUGGCCAAUCUAGCAUCAACCUACUGGGACCAGGGACGCUGGGCUGAAGCUGAGAAUCUGGAUGUACAAGCAAUAGGGAUAAGGAAAAGAGUGCUGGGAACUGAGCAUCCUGAUACUUUGACUAGCUUGGACAACCUGGCAUCAACCUAUUGCAAUAAGGGACACUGGGCUGAAGCUAAGAAGCUGCACAUACAAGUUUUGGAGAUACGAAAGAGAAUGCUAGGAGCUGAGCAAUCUGAUACUCUGACCAGAAUGAACAAUCUGGCAUUAACCUAUUGCAAGCAGGGAAGCUUGACUGAAGCUGAGAAACUGCACGUACAGAUUACAGAGAUAUUGAAGACAAUGCUAGGAGCUGAGCAUCCUGAUACUCUGACCAGCUUAGACAACCUGGCAUUAACCUAUCGCAAUAAAGGAUGCUUGACCGAAGCUGGGAAGCUGCACAUGCAAGUUAUGGUGAUAAGAAAGAGAGUACUAGGAGCUGAGCAUCCUGAUACUUUGACCAGCAUGGCCAAUCUGGCCUAUGUAUGGGAAUCUCAGGGAAGACUUUUGGAAGCCUUAACUUUGCUCGAGGAAUCUUGUCUGCUGAGGCACAAAGUAUUAGGUUCAGCUCACCCCAUCACAAAAGACGCUGUUGAUGCUCUAGAUCGCUGGAAGGGCAAGCAUGAUUUGUUCCUAAAUGAGCGGCUUCCACCUCCGCCACCUCAAAUUGAGCAAUCAGAGCAUCUACAAGUUGUAAUGCAGCACACUGCAGCUCCAAUACUGGCACACCCACACCGUGUAGGGCACAUUCGUUUGCCUCAUACCCAGGGCCAAUUAGCGCUGGGAUUCCUCUCCGGUGGUCAUCCCCUUAUCAUUGCUUCCAGAGCACCCUCGCCCACGUCACGAAACCGAGUUACGCAGGAAGAAGUUGAGUAA